AUAAAUAUGGUAAUGUGGAUGGGAAGAUGCAGCUGGUCCUUUCCCUUAGCUAGGCUAGUUAGUAGCAGUGUUUGUUUGAACUUUGAAGAAUGGUAAUCCCAAUCCCCUCCUCAGCCUCUGAUUCUGAACUCCCUUGUUCUUACAUUCCCGUAGCCGAUGGACCUCACUCACACUCAGGCGCCGAGCCUCGGCCACGGCUGAAGAAGGGGGUGUUUGUCAUCUCUUGUGGGUUGCUGCUGCUGUUUCUCUCCUUGUUCGCCUUCUUCAAUGGCCAAACCCAAACACUACCCAAUGUGUCAACAUGGCAACCCCUUUCACGUGGCGUGUCUUCAGGGGUCUCCGAGAAGUCCACCUCGCUACUCAACGCCUAUCCAUGGAACAAUACCAUGCUCUCAUGGCAGAGAACCGCUUACCACUUCCAACCUCAAAACAAUUGGAUGAACGAUCCUAAUGGUCCAUUGUACUACAGAGGGUGGUAUCAUUUCUUCUACCAGUACAAUCCAAAGGGUGCAGUUUGGGGUGACGUCAUAGUUUGGGGACACGCUGUAUCAAGAGACUUGAUCCACUGGCUCCACCUUCCACUAGCAAUGGUGGCAGAUCAAUGGUAUGAUAAAAACGGUGUGUGGACUGGCUCUGCCACCAUCUUACCCGAUGGUCAAGUCAUCAUGUUAUACACUGGUUCCACCAACGAGUCAGUGCAGGUGCAAAACCUUGCAUACCCUGCAGACCCCUCUGAUCCUCUCCUCGUUGAUUGGAUCAAAUACCCUUCAAACCCUGUUCUGUUUCCACCACCAGGCAUUGGUGCCAAAGAUUUUCGUGACCCCACCACUGCUUGGCUCACCUCUCAAGGAAAGUGGCGCAUAACCAUUGGCUCUAAGCUCAACAAAACUGGCAUUGCCUUAGUUUAUGACACCAUUGACUUCAAGACCUACGAGCGAGUGGAGGGGCUGCUUCAUGCAGUGCCUGGCACUGGCAUGUGGGAGUGUGUUGACUUUUUCCCUGUUUCUAACAAGAGUGAAAGUGGAUUGGAUACUUCAAUCAAUGGGGAGAAUGUGAAGCAUGUGGUCAAGGUUAGCUUGGAUGAUGAUAGACAUGAUUACUAUGCAUUAGGGAGUUAUGAUGAGAAGAAUGUUAAGUUCACACCAGAUGACUCCAAGAACGAUGUUGGUAUUGGACUUAGAUAUGAUUAUGGUAUAUUUUAUGCUUCCAAGACAUUUUAUGAUCAGAGUAAGGGGAGAAGAGUGUUGUGGGGUUGGAUUGGAGAAUCUGAUAGUGAAUAUGCUGAUGUGGCCAAAGGUUGGGCUUCGGUUCAGGGUAUUCCAAGAACAGUGACACUUGAUCAGAAAACUGGUAGCAACUUACUUCAAUGGCCUGUAGCGGAGGUGGAAAGUUUGAGAUUGAGAAGCGAUGAGUUUGAAAAUUUAACUGUGAAGCCAGGGUCAGCGGUGCCACUAGAAAUUGGAACAGCUGCUCAGUUGGACAUUGUAGCUGAGUUUGAGAUAGAUAAGGAAGCCUUGGAGAAGACAGUUGAGUCCAAUAUGGAGUACAAGUGUAGCACCAGUGGUGGAGCAGCAGAACGUGGUGCAUUAGGUCCUUUUGGUCUUCUAGUUUUGGCAGAUGAUGACCUUUCUGAAUACACUCCCACAUACUUUUAUGUUGUCAAAGGAAGCGAUGGUCAUCUUAAAACUUUCUUCUGCUCCGAUCAAUCAAGGUCUUCUCUAGCAAAUGAUGUUGGUAAGAAAAUCUUUGGAAGCUUUGUUCCAGUACUAAAAGACGAAAAGUUAUCCGUAAGGAUAUUGGUGGACCAUUCUAUAGUUGAAAGCUUUGCUCAAGGUGGAAGGACGUGCGUGACAUCUCGUGUUUAUCCAACGAGGGCAAUUUAUGGAGCUGCUCGAUUGUUCUUGUUCAAUAAUGCUACUGAGGGCACUGUGACUGCUUCACUAAAGGUUUGGCAAAUGAAUUCUGCAUUCAUACGACCAUACCAUCCCGACCAAAGGAAUUAAAAUGAAGGGACAAGGAACUCCCAAGUCACAAUUACAAUGAAAAAUUUGUUGUAUCACAAAACUGUUCAAUGGCUCACCUAAACGUCUGAAUUAUUGAACAAACUCAAAAAUGCCCACUGGUUCUCAAUUUUUUUCCAAUUACUUUUUGAGUAGGCGUGGUUUUGUAAAUUGGUUGCUCAGGAGAGGGCCAUUAGUUUCUUGUUUAUAUUUGGCUGAGCUUGUAACGAUAAUGAAAGAAAUAUCAUCUUUUUCCAAUUUAAUCUAUA